AUAUUAAUAAGGCAGCGGAAAGAAGAAAUAUGAAUACGGCUCCAUCAAGACCCAGCCCCACACGAAGCAUGGAGCGCAUGGUGGGGGAUCAGCAUCACACAGCAGCCGGCCAUUUAGAGAAUGGUAUUUGUGGACAGUAUCUGUGACAGAACAGAAGUACGAAGAGCUGAUGAAGGAUUUUUUUCAGGAGCAAAAAAAAAAGCCUGGCCUCCCAAGGAAAAUAUUACUGUGAACAGAAAGAAAAAAAGGAGAUGCUGACAAAGAAUAGGACAGAGGCCUUCCUCCCUAACCUUCUGUACAGCCAAGGCCAAAGAACACCAUCCUGGGCUUGAGGUCUCAGUCUCUAGACAAAGAGAAGCUAAAAGUCCAUCAGUUGUCCAAGAUAAUCAUCUUAUCAGGAUCCAUAUGGUUUUGGAGACAGCCGAGAUACAAGACGCGAUCGAUCCCCCAUUCGAGGAAGUCCAAGAAGAGAGCCCAGGGAUGGCAGAAAUGGCCGGGAUGCUCGAGAUAGCAGAGACAUGCGAGACCCCCGAGAUUUGCGGGACCACAGAGAGAGCAGAGACAUUCGGGAUCACAGAGACAGCAGGAGUAUGCGUGAUGCUCGGGACAUGAGGGAUCCUAGAGACUUUCGUGACCUAAGAGACUCUAGGGAUUUUCGAGAUCACCGGGACCCCAUGUACGACAGAUACAGAGAUAUGAGAGACUCCCGAGAUCCCAUGUACAGGAGAGAAGGCUCUUACGACCGAUACCUGCGAAUGGAUGACUAUUGCAGGAGGAAGGAUGACUCUUACUUUGACCGUUACAGAGACAGCUUUGACGGACGAGGCCCUCCAGGCCCAGAAAGUCAGUCUCGUGCAAAAGAGCGUUUGAAACGUGAGGAACGGCGUAGAGAAGAGCUUUAUCGUCAGUAUUUUGAGGAAAUCCAGAGACGCUUUGAUGCUGAGAGGCCUGUUGAUUGUUCUGUGAUUGUGGUCAACAAGCAGACUAAAGAUUAUGCUGAAUCUGUGGGGCGGAAGGUUCGAGACCUAGGCAUGGUAGUGGACUUGAUCUUCCUCAACACAGAGGUGUCACUGUCACAAGCCUUGGAGGAUGUUAGCAGGGGAGGGUCUCCCUUUGCUAUUGUCAUCACCCAGCAACACCAGAUUCACCGCUCCUGUACAGUCAACAUCAUGUUUGGAACCCCACAAGAGCAUCGCAACAUGCCCCAGGCAGAUGCCAUGGUGCUGGUGGCCAGAAAUUAUGAGCGCUAUAAGAAUGAGUGCCGGGAGAAGGAACGCGAGGAGAUUGCCAGACAGGCAGCCAAGAUGGCCGAUGAAGCCCUCCUCCAGGAAAGAGAGCGGGGAGGCCCUGAGGAGGGACUGCGCGGGGGGCACCCUCCAGCCAUCCAGAGCCUCAUCAACCUGCUGGCCGACAACAGGUACCUCACUGCUGAAGAGACCGACAAGAUCAUCAACUACCUUCGAGAGCGGAAGGAGCGGCUGAUGAGGAGCAGCGCCGACUCUCUGCCUGGCCCGAUUUCCCGUCAGCCACUCGGGGCGACCUCGGGUGCCUCGUUGAAGACACAGCCAAGCUCCCAACCGCUCCAGAGCGGCCAAGUGCUCCCCUCUGCUACACCCACUCCAGCGGCACCCCCCACCUCCCAGCAAGAGCUUCAGGCCAAAAUCCUCAGCCUCUUCAAUAGUGGCACGGUUGCGGCCAAUAGCAGCUCUUCAUCCCCCUCAGUUGCUGCCGGAAACACCCAGAACCAGAAUUUUUCCAUAGCAGCGAACAGCCAGCCUCAGCAAAGAUCACAGGCCUCUGGCAAUCAGCCUCCAAACAUUUUGGGACAGGCAGGAUCUGCUCGGAACAUGGGCCCCAGGCCUGGGGCUCCUUCCCAGGGGCUCUUUGGCCAGCCUUCCACUCGCCUGGCGCCCGCCAGCAACUUGGCUAGCCAGAGGCCCGUGUCUUCCACAGGUAUCAACUUUGACAAUCCAAGUGUACAGAAGGCUCUGGACACUCUGAUCCAGAGUGGCCCUGCUCUCUCCCACCUGGUUAGCCAGACCACAGCACAGGUGGGGCGGCCCCAGGCCCCCAUGGGAUCAUACCAGAGGCAUUACUGAGGCUAAAUCUCAACUACCCCUGGUCCCCUCUUCCUCUGGCCUCCCACCUAUUGCGUUCUAAAUAGAGUUAUUUGGAAGAUGUUCUCUACACCUAUCCAGGUCCACAUCGAAUGUCGUAAGUUUCUACCAUCUGCUCUCUUCUGCCCGAGGCUAUGUUGCUUACCCUUUCCAGAGUCCAAGUUUAUACUGCACUGGAGGUGUAUUUUGUUGGUGGUGGGGUGGGGGUUUGGGGGGAUUUGUUUUUGUUUUCUUGUGGGUUUUUUUGGUAGAAAGUAAAUAUCUCUGGGGUCAUGGGCAGUAUAGGUGUCUGGGCUCCAUUUGUAUUUCAGUUGUCUUUCUGUCAGCUGGAUGUGGGGCGGGGGAGGAAGAAGCAGCCGAGCCCCAGCUGGGUGAGCUUGGGGUAGCAUUUUCAUGUUGAGAGCCACUGCCUUUGUUCAUUCUGAACCUACCACGGGUGUCCAGCCUCGCACAGGCCCACCAGAGCUCGAGCUCCUGUCUGUAGCUCCUGUGUAGGGUUCCAGAGCAGCAGGUUGGGCUUGGUGGGUACGGUGUCCUCUUACCCCAUCCCACAUAACGUGGGGUCUGCUUGAGGACUCAGAAGCCGGCUGGCUACUCAACUACUGGAGUUGUUGAGGGGCCAAGCCGGCCGCUUUUCUGCCUGACCCAGGGUUGUUGGUUUUUGGUUUUCUCUUUUUUUCUGUUUGGCUUUCAUUUCAAUGAAAGAUCUCCCGUGGACUGCACAGCUCCAGUCACCAGCAGUUUAACACAAACUGUGAAUCUGGGCCCCAGCCACUCUUACCCCCUAAUAUUUCUGUUAGCCUCUCCCUCACCAGUUGUAGUUUCAUGGAAUCGGCUCUGAGAAGGCAACUCUAGACUCUGGCAGUGAACACCCAUUUUCUUCAGUGAUUGCUUUGAGCUCUGGCUCAAAAAUCAGGCUCCUGUUCUGUUUUCUAAGCAGCAGGAGAUAGGGACCAUUUUGAUGUCAGACUUUUGGUAGCUGGACAUGUUCUUGAUACAGGAGGCUGUUCAUAAUUUUUUGAGCCAGAGUGAAGUUACUAGAGGGAGGACUUAUGGCUGCUGCUCUACAUGGAAACAAAGGAAGCUGCCCUCUCCCUAGGGAUGGUGCUCAUUAGAGCCUUGUGGAUCAGUCUCAAGGGGCCCCUGGCAGAAACGAGGGAGAGCAGUGACUUCACCUGAGUCCCUGCCAGUGCCUGAGUAAACAGUGGUUUCAAAAAACUCAAGGUCCCCAGAUGGCAGCAUUUUAUGUUCUGACCUGUUUGUGUUAUAUAGUGUUUUUUUUCCUCUUUGGAACUUUUGUGUUGUUAAUAAGAUGAGAUGAUUACUUUUUAAUUAAAACGAAAAAG